CAGAACAGACUGAUUCAUAUCACAGUUCUGUCUCGACGAUCGAGUGUUUCAUUAAUGUGUUAAAGACGGUCUUAGCUUUUAUCCUCUGAGCUGCAGACUCGGUGGAGUUUAACACUGAGAGGAAAGAAUAAAACCUCUUUAAACGCUGACAGAACAAAAACUGCUGAACAGCUCAGAGGGAGUAUGACGCUAAUUUCCAGAGAUCUGAUUGGUCAGUUAUUUCAUACCUGCUGAUCUGUAAUCUAGAAACUCCCCUACUCCUGGGCAACAUCAGUUGCCAUGAUGAUAAACCCUAAUAAGAAGGAUCCGCCUUCACAGUACAGGAAACCCAGAGCUAAUCCUGGAAAAAGAGAAAUCCUGCCUAAUAGUGCAGACCUUAGGGUGACAUUAUGACUCCGCCCCUCCGACCUGACGUGGAUGCUGUGGGUUUGUAAAGGAGGACAAAACAGAAACAGAUAACUUAUUUUUAGAACCGGGGGUCUGAAGGUGCACACUCAGAGGACAGCUUCCUGCUCCGUCCCGACUCUAACGCCACCAAGGUUUCCAGAAUAAACUUCCGUUGUACUUCAGUCACACCUGAGAGCAGCAACUGAGACCGUAAACUCAUCAGGAAGGUGUUCACGGAGCUCAGGUGAGCUGGACGCUCAAUUCUGUUACACUUCUAUCCAAUCAGGCCUCAGAGAGGUCGCCCCCUGCUGGAUGUUAGACAGAGCGCAGGUUGAGUUUGGCACCUGAGUUUGUUUAAAGCUGCUCUGUGAUUGGAGGACAUGGUGAGGUCAAUGUCACGGCUCCACUCAGAGGUCAUCCAGCUGCAGCUCUGGCGGUACCGGGUCACCUGAUCGUAUCGGUAGUUGGAGGGGAUUCAGAAUGCACGCGCAUGCACACACCGGUCCUCCUCCAGAGGUGCAGCACCCCCUCCCCCUCCACCCCCCAGCCUCUGUAUGCGCCGUCACAGUGCAGACAGAGGUUGUAAACAUGGCGGCGGACGGGAUGGUGCUCACCAACCACGACCAUCAGACCCGCGUGGGGAUCCUCACAGUGAGCGACAGCUGCUUCAAGAACCUGGCUGAGGACCGCAGCGGCGUGAACCUGAAGGACCUGGUCCACGACCCCUCGCUACUAGGAGGAGUCAUCGCGGCCUACAAGAUCGUUCCAGAUGAGAUCGACGAGAUCAAGGAAACUCUGCUGGAGUGGUGCGACGAACAGGAGCUGAACCUCAUCCUCACGACCGGAGGGACCGGCUUUGCUCCGAGAGAUGUUACUCCUGAGGCCACCAGGGAGGUGAUCGAGCGAGAGGCUCCGGGAAUGGCUCUGGCCAUGCUGAUGGGAUCUCUCAACGUCACGCCACUGGGCAUGCUGUCCAGGCCUGUUUGUGGUAUUCGUGGCAAAACUCUGAUCAUCAACCUUCCAGGAAGCAAGAAAGGCUCUCAGGAGUGUUUUCAGUUCAUUCUGCCCGCUCUGCCUCACGCCAUUGACCUGCUGCGCGAGGCCACGGUCCGGGUGAAAUCCACGCACGCCGCCCUGGAGCAGCUGCCCUCCCCCUCCCCUCUGCAGGCCAACACGUACGCCAACACACACACCAACACACACACCAUGGAGCGCGGGACCCAGUGUGAGGAGGAGGAUGACGAAGAGGAGGACCGGAGGAGAGGUCGGCACGCGCACAACCACCACCAUCAUCACCACCACCACCAGCACGGCUCCUCCCACAUCACCGCAGCCGCCAUCGCUGCCAAGAUCCCGGACUCGAUCAUUUCUCGAGGUGUUCAGGUGCUUCCACGAGAUUCGGCCUCUUUAAGCUCCACCCCCUCCGAGUCACCCCGGGCGACACAGGCAACUUCCCGCCUUUCCACCGCUUCGUGCCCGACACCCAAGGUUCAGUCACGAUGUGGCAGCAAUGAGAACAUACUGAGAGCCAGCCACAGCGCAGUUGACAUCAGUAAAGUGGCGCGUCGUCAUCGCAUGUCGCCGUUCCCGCUGACAUCCAUGGACAAAGCCUUCAUCACUGUUCUCGAGAUGACGCCUAUUCUGGGAAUUGAAGUCAUUAACUACAGAGAUGGUUUGGGUCGAGUUCUCGCUCAGGACAUCUAUGCCAAAGACAACCUUCCUCCGUUCCCCGCCUCUGUUAAAGACGGCUACGCUGUGCGAGCUGCCGAUGGCCCAGGAGAUCGCUUCAUCAUGGGGGAAUCGCAGGCUGGACAGCAGCCCACCCACACAGUCAUGCCAGGUCAGGUGAUGAGGGUGACGACCGGGGCGCCGAUUCCCUGCGGAGCUGACGCCGUGGUCCAAGUAGAAGACACGGAGCUGCUGAGGGAGUCUGAGGAUGGCACCGAGGAGCUGGAGGUGAGGAUCAUGGUCCAAGCCCGGCCCGGGCAGGACAUCAGGCCGAUCGGUCACGACAUCAGGCGAGGGGAGUGCGUUCUGGCUAAAGGCACGCACAUGGGCCCGUCUGAGAUCGGCCUGCUCGCCACAGUGGGAGUGACCGAGGUCAGCGUGCACAAGUUCCCCGUGGUGGCCGUCAUGUCCACCGGGAACGAGCUGCUGAACCCAGAGGAUGACCUCCACCCGGGGAAGAUCAGAGACUCCAACCGCUCCACUCUCCUCGCCACCAUCCAGGAGCAUGGAUACCCGACCAUCAACCUCGGCAUCGUCGGAGACAACCCUGACGACCUGCUGUCAGCUCUGCACGAGGGAAUCAGCCGUGCUGAUGUCAUCAUCACCUCAGGGGGUGUGUCCAUGGGAGAGAAGGACUACCUGAAACAGGUGCUGGAUAUCGACCUGCACGCACAGAUUCACUUUGGCCGAGUCUUCAUGAAGCCAGGUCUUCCCACUACCUUUGCCACAGUCGACAUCGACGGGACACGAAAACUCAUCUUCGCCCUGCCAGGUAACCCAGUGUCCGCUGUGGUGACGUGUAACCUGUUUGUGAUUCCUGCUCUGAGGAAGAUGCAAGGCAUUCUGGAUCCUCGACCUACAAUUAUCAAAGCGAGGCUCUCCUGUGACGUUAAGCUGGACCCCCGGCCUGAGUACCACCGCUGCAUUCUCACCUGGCAUCACCAGGAGCCGCUGCCCUGGGCUCAGAGCACAGGUAACCAGGUGUCCAGCAGGCUGAUGUCCAUGCGCAGCGCCAACGGCCUGCUGAUGCUGCCCCCUAAAACAGAGCAGUACGUGGAGCUGCACAAGGGAGAGGUCGUAGACGUCAUGGUCAUCGGACGGCUAUGAUGCAGACUGAAACGUCACUCGCUACCGAUUACCAUGGCAACGCCAGGACUUCUUGUCUGCACAGGAAACAGCCGGGGUGGGGGGUGGGAAGUGGUGCAUGUCUACCUGGUCGCCAUUAGCUGUGAUGUCAUAUGCAACAGCCAAUUGGAGCCAGCGCAGGCUGAGUCCUCAUUGGUCUGCUCUGAGGAGAUCACUGUAUUUCAAAGGAGAAAAAAAAUGUGAAAAAAUAUACGAAAUAUGAGAUUUAUUCUGUAAUAUUAUUAUUAUCCUGAUGAUAAUGAUUAUUAAUAUUCUUAAUUAAUAUUCUAUUUAUUAUUAUUAUCAUGGUUCUGACUGAAUAUCAUCAUCUUAGUAGUAUUCAUGCCCUCUUCUCUCCUCUUCAUUUGCUUUGUGCGUUUUUCCCGGGUAGAUUAGAGACAUAGAGACCCUCCUCCUCCUUUUUCUACCCUUGCUCUGCUCUGGCGUCCUCUCUCCUGCUAUAGAAACCUGCCGUUUCACUACGUCUCCUCCUGGAUCACACAGACUCCAACAUCAGCAAAACACGGCUGAUGAAGACGUCCUCCGAGUGAACCUGCUUACGUUGUUUGUGCCACUGAAUAUUUUCUGCCAAACAACGAAAAAGAAAAGAGAACAAGCUGCAGGCGUCCUCUGGUGUUCCUUUUUUACCUUUCUGCAGAUUCAACCCUCUCAAACAUCUGGAGACAUCUCAGCGAAGCCAUGAAAUCGUCCUCGGUGGGUCAGCGGCUCGUCUUUGGGGCGCCGAGCGAUUUCUCCGCUCCGAUAUAAAUGCGAUAAAGACGUCUCUGAUCGCGGUCGUAUCAAGGCUGCGCCACACUGGCGGUUCAGUCCAACCCUGCGUUCAAGUGGUGUUCGACCAGAGUGUGACGUUUAUGUUAAGGUAGCUCCAGAAUCUCUGGGCUCACCUGGAGUGUCGGGCGCGAUUACAUGAUUACUCCACAUUUGCGUCUGGAGCUCUGGGUGUGGGAUUUGUCCUUUCACUCGCUCUGAUCAGGCUGUCCAAUCGGGAGUCUUUAUUCAGAUUUUUACCCACGACCGCACGUGCAGGAACUGACCGAUUUGGCAAGUUCGGAGAACAGAUGCGAUUCCCGGUUUUCCCAUCUGCUUGCAUCACUUGAAGGCAGGGUGUCACAUUCAGGUGCUUGUAACUACACCACGUGUAUUUUUGCCAUGACGGUGUUAAGGUGCUCGUUAUGGUCGGUUCAAGGCUGUAAAUCAAAACGUCAUCUGACCGCCGUUCUCUCCGCGUACUGUAUGAGCGUGCAGAAACCCUCCUUUGACAGUUCGCCCACUACAAACGCAGAAGCAUCCGAGCUGCUCGCCGUAGAUCCUGCUAAAAAAUGUUUACCGGUUACCAACAACCAGAAGCGUCCUGUGAGAUCUGAGAGCCCCAACGCAAACCGCCCACUUCCUCUCAUCCUUCCCGUUGAACCGGUUUUCCUGCAGCGCGGUGUGUGAUGUGUAAUCUAGAGCCAGCUCAUAUUUACCCAAGUUUCCCAAAGUCCAUGUUGGUGGUAAAAUGGGAAUACGGUUCUUCCUGCUUUGACCCGUUUUCCACCGAUGUGGUACCGGGGUGCUACUUCAUCAGAUCUUAACCAAUAAAAAGUGCCACAAAACCACUGGCACCUCAAAAUCAGCGGUCCCAAAGCGCCCGUUUCUGAUGCUUGGCAUUCCGGCCUGUGAGACAGAGUCUGGUUUGCUGCAUCCACACCAACAGCUCUGCUUUGGAAAUCAGGUGGACAACUCAUCCUGUUACGACCUUUUUCCAACAACUCAGUGCCGCUGCCUCACCCAGACCCCGGUCCUUUCUGGGUUGUCCCGUGGUUGGAUUCGUGGAUCAAUGGUGGGAGUGGGAACUGCACGAAAUUUCUCUUCUUACUACAGACGUUACCCUGGCUCGUGCUACCUAAUGUUCUGGCACUGCGUUUGUGGGGAAAAAGGAUCCGAUUCUUCCUGUUGGGACUUCUUUUCCACUGGUGUGGUACUGCUGCUAAAUCUAGAAGCAGGUUAUUGACUUUGCACUGAAAUGACGGUUUCCCAAACAUUGUAGCCCACAGUUGGACUCAGAGAGGUUACCACUGAUUGGCCGAGGCAGCUCACAGCGGUGCUUGGUUCUCAGCCUGUUCUGGGAGAGAACCCAGGCAGAACCAGCUCUGUAACUUCUUCCUGUGAGGCUCUUCACCUCCACUCUCAAAACCAACCAAGAGCCGGCACCACGUCAAUGGAAAACCUGAGUUAAAUAUGGUCAACCAAACCCACAGGUCAAAGGUCAGGCGCUGCAUUCAGGUCAUACUGGAGUAACUGCUCUGUCUGAUUUUAACAGUACCGACACGGCGUCCUGAAUGCAGCGUGGCUCAUUGUUCUGAAUUCCCCCCCCUUCUUGUCACACCUGCAUGCCCAUAAAAAAGGGGGCGUGUCUUUCCUCUUUGGGCAGGUGUGAUUCCAGGCGUUAGAGUGUGGUGCAGCACCUGGGCGGGGCUUCUGAUCUGACUAAACGUGACGCUGAUGCUCUGGUGCCAACACUAUCUUUAAGUCCUCUGGCUUGGUUUCCAGAAACUUCCCAGUUACCUCAAAUGCACCGUAUAUAUACAGCAUAUAUGAGUGGCUCGUGCUGCGUCCGUGUCACAUGGGAAUGGCGUGAUGAUGUUUGGCUGUUCGUUCAAAGAAAUUCCUAAAAUAGUAAAUAAUGCUUGCCGUUCGGCAGCUCGCGUUUACGGCAGCUCACUUACGACACAAACGCAGCAUCAGCGCGCGUCCUGCCGCCUGCCCAAGGAGGACCAAUCAAACCCAGAUAGAUCCAUCAGA